UUCCAGACCUGGAUGAGAAUGAGCAAAACUCUUUAUUGAUGCUGAUCGGCCCCUGCUUCCAUUGAGCUCAAGGAGGAAAAACUUCUAAGUUCAAAGUAUCAAAGAAAAGAAAAAACCCAAACAGCGUGUCCCCGUGCCACCCAAAAAAGUUCCCCCCCUUUCAGAAAAUCCCUUCUAUAUACCAUGGCACUCUUAGGUGCCGUCAUACCUUCGUGCGUCAUUAUCCACCUGACCUGUCUGGCUCUUCUCCUGACAUUACAGAAUUGCAGAAUCGCCCGUGGCCCCCCUGCUUCAUUUCCCCGAAAAACAAGUCUGCCCUUUCACCGUAAAUUAAGUUUGGCCUGUUUUUGUUCCCGCCGAACUUCUGCAUUAUUAUUAAAAAUAUGCUGCGUUGACAAAACUAUUGUCAAGGCUGUGCCCCCAAGAACAUCUUGUCCUGCUCCCUGUCAUGUAUCACCCGUAUCACCCAGACGAAACGCACGUCUUGAGGACCAAUCUCACCAAUCAAUCACCAAUUCUCCAGCUGCAAUGGAUGCUCAGAGUCAGCAAGAUCGUCCAGAUGGCCGACCUAUGAGGCCUUCUCGCCGUUAUAUGAGAUCUUAUAUGAUACCUUAUGCGAGACCUGUGCCCGCCGAACUUCUGGUCCGCUACCGCCGCUACCAGCUGGACCAUAUAACCCGUGAACUUAUCACGUUCAUGGAACAACUCAGUUCUCCCAACCUCCCCGAGCAUCCCUUCACACCAUCCUACAUUGUGAAAAGGCCUCAGGCCCGCACUUCCUCUACCCAGACCGAUGGCUGUCCUCAUGCUGUUCCUGAGCGUUGCUGCUCUGCGCUGGAACCCCCUGCCUCUCCUUCUUCUCCUUCAACCUCCUCCUCCCCACCUCCUGGAUCUCCCGACUACUCUCCUACGUCUCCUGUGCCUGGGCCUAGCUCUGCCUAUUGAGUUCUAUGACUUCAAUAAACCAACUACACCCCUUA